GAUUGUGUGCGUUAGGAAACGCUGUCUUCUUUUGCCACAGGAUUACUCUGCGGUCUUUUUCAGUCCCUCUGGUUUUGCUUCUUUCUUUCCACCCGGAGAAGGAGAGAGGAAAUAACACUGAAAGAGAGGCAAAAAUAGGAAGAGCUUGAAACUCUGCAAUCUCCAUUUUUUUCCAAAACUGUUUUUUUUUUUUCAUUCUGCACUCAAACGCCGCAUCAGUUGCAGAAGAAGAAAAGCAGAAAGAAGGGGAAAAAAGGGGGGCAAUUUUACGGUAGGGCGGAACCUGCAAUCUAAAGAUUGUUUCUUGUCUGCUAAUUUUUCAGAUCAAAUUUCAACCUUUUUCCUUUAUUUGAUUGGGUUGAACAGACCAAUCUUUCAUUCUCCUUCCGUUCCGCUGGAAAUUCGAAACCCCCUUGCGAUUGUGGAAAGUAACGAUAUUCAUUUGAGAAAAACCUAUUCUUGAUCUCGAUUCCGGUUUCUCGCUGGAUAUCGGCGAUCGCUGUGGGCUCGAUGGCGGGCAAAUCCAUCUCGUUGGAUUACUGGAGAAAGUUUUUCCGCAGUGCGAACUCGGAUAUAUUUGAGGUGAUCGAGCAGGCGAUCGUCGUUGCGGCGGUGGAUUGCCCAAAGGAGUUCAGGAGCAGAAGGGAUCGGAUUGCUGAGAAGCUUUUCACCUGCAGGCUUUCUCGUUGCUUUGGGUGCAAUAACGUUGAGCUUCAGAUUCCUGAUGAUGGUGAGGAAUUGGGGGAAGAGGAAGGAGGAGGAAGCGUUAAGAGGGAGGUGGGUGAGAAAAGCAGUAAAAUGGAUAGCUGUAAUGGCGAGGCUGAAGAUUUGAACAGGGUAGGUUUAAGCAAUUAUAGCUAUGAUGAGGCCGAGGCUCUUACAGAUGUGAUGGAAGAGGAAACCCAGAUGGUUGGGGAGGUCCUGAGGAUAAAGGAGCUUCUCCGCAACAACCUUGAUGAGUCUGAUGCAGUGUUGUAUGAAUCUUUGAGGAGGUUGGAGCUGAUGCACCUUUCGGUAGAAACUCUGAAGGCAACUGAAAUUGGAAGGGCUGUGAAUGGUCUGCGGAAACACAGCUCCAAGCAGAUUCGCAACCUUGUUCGGACUCUCAUUGAAGGUUGGAAGGUGUUGGUGGAUGAGUGGGUUAAUGCUACAGCUGCAAUUGCUGAUCACUCUCCUGACUCUGUUAAUCCCUCUACUGUGUAUGAAGAGGAGGGGUUACCUUCUCCUCCAAUGGAUGAAGGAGCUCUAUUAGUCACACAGACCACUUCUAUUCCCCUUUCUGAGUUCUUCGAUGGCAUGGAUGAUGAUGGAAAUUUAAGGACUUCAGGGGACUUUAUGAGUUUUGGAGAUGUCGAUAGACGCAUUCCUCAAAACCGUGGACCUGUGCGACGGCAAGAGCCACCUCGGCCACCGGCCGUUCCCGUCGAAAGAACACCGGUGAGUAAGCCCGAAGAUGUUGUCCGGCAAGCAAAGCCACAUGCCAUUCCUAGCACUCAAUCAAAGCCACAUCAAACCAUUGUCGAUAAGCCAAGCAAACCUUCUACUGCUGAUUCUGGCCCAGGCAGACCUCUUAAACUAUCCUCUGAACAAAAAUCAAACACUCAGCUCUCUAAUGUUCAGAGAAAGCUUUCUAACGGUCCUCAAGAUAAAUUGAAGAAUUCUGACGAAGCUUCAGUCGAUGCUAAGCUCGAGCAGGCGAAGAGGAGGCUCCAUGAACGAUAUCAGCAAGCAGAGAAUGCGAAGCGGCAGAGAACGAUACAAGUAAUGGAGAUAAAUGAUCUUCCGAAGCAAUCACAUAACCAACGGCCGUCUAACAUGAAGCCUAAGAACCAGUUCAGGAAUUGGGCGAAUGCGCGGCGAUGAUCUCGGGACAAAAUUCCUUUACCUCUCUAGAGAAAGAGAAUAUAAGAAAUUCUUAUGUGAGUUUCAGAAGCUCCAUUUGAGUUGAAUUUCAAGUUAUGGAACUUGAUACUCUUUAAUGAUCACAUUUUGAGAUUAGUUCUAUUGUUUGCAAGGUGAAAUUUGAAAAUAGAAACAGAUCAGAGAUGUCAAAUUUACAUUUUGCAUAAUAAACCUUUUUCUCUCAUUAUUGACCCCGAAAGAUUUUCUUUUUUCUUUUCAAAAUAUCAACUUUUUGCUAUAGAUGAUGAUGUAACC